ACCUGACCACGGUCCUCGCCUCCAUUUCCUUUUGACUGUUAGCUCUGCCCAGUUCCCUGUCGUCCCUUUUCCUAUCUUAAUGAAAAUUCCUGAUCAUCCACUGUUCCAUGGGCCAUGGACAACCCUACUGAGAACUCGCCCGCGACCGAAAUCAUCGUCCCCGAUUCACCCAACACCACUUCUACAUCACAGCUUUCCGUUCAUGAUGUUCAUCUCGCCGAGAUCCAAUCGAAGGCCCCGGCGACGGAGGAAACACUAAUUCUGCUCCAGCGCCAAAGAGUCUCGGUAUCCGAUUUCACCACUUUUAUCGAUGAAAUCUCGAGGGAAAUUCGCGGUGAAGUCGAUGAAUUCGAAGCAUCUUUGAAGGAAAAGGAGGACGAAUUCGCUAAAAAGUCCGAAGAGAAAUUGAAAAAAACAGAGAAGCUCGAGAGCCAGGUGGAAGUUUCCAGAGAAAUAAUCCAGAAAUUGGAAACCGAAAUGGAAGACCGAAAGGAUUUUUUUUUGGAUUUUCUCCGGAAAUCAAAGGUCAGCUUUAAGAGGAUAAUCGAGAGCGUGGGCGAAGAAGAAGAAGAAAAGGUGGAGGUAGUGAGCGUUGAACCGGCGAGUGUAGCACGCGUAGGCAUAGAAGAAGAAGAAAUAAUGGAAACAAGGAGGGUAGCUUUGGAGGCGGAGGAGAAGGUGGCGAAGUACAAGGAGAAGUGGAAGAAGGAGAAGAGGGAGUUAGAGAAGAGUGUGGUGAGUUUGACAGAGGAGAACAGAGACAUCAACAGUUUGCUUAGGGUAGCGCUGGUGGAGAAGGAGGCUGUGGAGAAGAGUUUGAGUAAGUUGAAGGGGAUUAACAAUAAUGAGCAGAAAAGGGUGGCCCUUUUGCAGAUUGCAGAGCGGGGAUUGCAGAGAGUUGGGUUCGGCUUCAUGAUGGGAGCUGGGACCACCACAACCAGUAGUAGUGAGCAACAACCUCAGCCUAGUUCAGAUACUAGCGAGUGUGAAGAGGAAGAGAUCAACGAUAGUUUGGCUUCAACUGUAGAGAGGAUAAUGAAGAAUUUGCGGCAGGAAAUCACUCAGUUAAGGAGAUCUUUGGAAGAAUCUAGGUCAGACACCGAGCGCCUACAGAGUCUUACAGAAAAACAAGCUCAACAAAUUACUGAAAAUACUCUGUACAUCAAAGAGUUAGAAGAUAGAGAGAGGGUGUUAGCUCAAAAUGUUGAAGAACUAUUGGUUGAAAUAAAAGAAAUCGAUGCCGAGGUUGCUAGGUGGAGGGAAGCAUGUGAGUUGGAAGUGGAAGCUGGGAAAAAUGAAAUUAUAGAACGUAACAAAGUGGCGGAUAUUCUUAAGCAAGAGUUGGAGAAAACGAGAGCUGCAUUGGACAUAUCAAAUGGCAAAUUGAAGUUGAAGGAAGAACUAGCUGCCACUGCAAUGGCUGCCCAGGCUGCAGCAGAGAGGUCUCUGCAGCUAUCAGACAGCAGGGCUUCAGGACUUCGUGAACGGAUUGAGGAGCUGACAAGACAAUUAGAUGAAGCAGAGAGCAGGGUGCGGAAUAGCCAUAAGAUAAGGCACGUUUGUUGGCCAUGGCGAGCCCUCAAAGUAAAUCCUGCUAAUGGUGCCACUGGUAGAGUUCAGAAUGCGAGAAGGAUGCUACCGGAAAUGCAAGCCUUGCUUCACUAUAACGUGUGAUGUACCAUAGUCCUCAGUAGAGGACGAUUUGAUUUAUUUUAACUGUUCGUUUUUCUGUUCC